AGUUCAAAACGAAAUAGAAAAAAUACACUAUAUGAAAAUAAAAAAUGAAUUGGAAAAUGUAAUGUGCUUAAAAACCGUUGUUGACAAAAUGGUGGCAAUCCAUAGCCACGUCGAUCAGUUUGAAAUGACAGUGAACGGUUUGGAGACCGCUGUCGAAGAGGCGUGUGAAAAUAAAAAAAUCAUGACAGAAAUAAUGGAGGUGUCCGAGUACAUGAAGAACCAAUAUUAUUUUCAGAUGGCUGAAAAUCAACGGCACUUUGCAGAGCAGAUCGGUAAAAACUUGGGUGAAAUCGACCAGUUGAAGACGGACGCGGACAUUAAAGCUAUUGAACUCAAUGAGCUAGAAAAACGAUUCGCCGAACAACAACUUUGCGUUGGUUUGCAUCAGGAAUCGAUGAAACGCGUCGAAAAGUACAUUGCCGAUAUGUUAUCAAUUAUCGAUUCGUAUUUAAAACAAUUGGAGAGCGAAAAUAAUCAAUUAGCGAUACCCAACGAUAACCAAAAAGAAACUGUUUUGCUUUUAGCUCAUUGGCGCAACUAG